CGCGUUCAGCAGACACAACUGUUGAGUGUCGUCUUAUCAACACGCCACGCUGAUUUGCUCGGUCUAAAAGUAAGAGCCAAUCACGUUCGAUCGCUACUGAGCGGUUUGUUCUGCUGAACGCGCCCCUCCUCUGUCUUCCAACUUUUCGAGGUUCUGUCUAUUAACACAGAUGUGCUAUUUUCUUACCUUGUCUUACCUUUUCUUACCUUUUUCAUCCUACACACUUGUUGUAUCCGUCCACGUGCGUCGUACGUCCGUCAGAGCGCUUUGGAGGUUAGGUCGUCCUGAUAGCUCGACUCCUGGGAGCGUUGCCGGUCGCGCGAGAUCAAGCGCGAGCUUCGAACCGAAACAAUGUCGGCGGCGAAGCCCGAGGUGAAAAACUGGAGAGAGUACAACCGUAAACGGAAGGAACUACGGAAACAGUGGAGGGAAGAGAAAUUGACGAAGAAGACGAAGAAGGACGAACUCGAGAAGGUGUCGAAGAACGAGGCGCAGGAACACGCGGAAGGUGGUGCGAGAUACGAACAGAGGGACCUCCGCACCGUCACCGUAGCGGUACCCGGGUCGAUCCUCGACAACGCGCAAUCCCCGGAGCUGCGCACCUACCUGGCGGGACAGAUCGCGCGCGCCGCGUGCAUCUACCAGGUGGACGAGAUCGUGGUGUUCGACGACAAGGGCGAGAUCACGGAGGACGAGAAGCGGAAGAUCAGGAAGGACGACGCGCUGGGCGAGGCCAGGCUCGGUUGUCUGCAGCUGGCCAGGAUACUGCAGUACCUCGAGUGCCCGCAGUACCUGAGAAAGUACUUCUUUCCGCUCCACAAGGAUUUGCAGUACGCGGGCCUGCUGAACCCGCUGGACGCGCCGCAUCAUCUGCGACAGGAGGACGAGUUCCCGUAUCGGGAGGGUAUAGUCACCAAUAAGCCCAUAAAGGUCGGCAGGGGCUCCCAGGUGAACGUGGGACUGUUGAACGAGAUUCACGUGGACAAGGUGCUGAAGCAAGGGCUAAGGGUGACGGUGAAGAUACCGCCGGAGCAGCCGAACCGGAAGAAACUGAGGGGUAUCAUUGUGCCGCCUAACGUGCCACGUGCAGAAACCGGCGUCUACUGGGGCUACACUGUCAAACUGGCGAAGAAUCUGACAGAGGUGCUGACAAAUUGUCAGUACAAGGAAGGAUACGACCUGACGAUCGGAACGUCCGAUAAGGGAACAUCGAUCGACGAGAUAGGAGCAAAGAGCUUGGAAUAUCGCCACUGUCUCGUAGUAUUCGGAGGCCUCGCCGGACUGGAAGCCGCCGUCGACGUGGAUCCGCAUUUAAAUGUUGACGAUCCGUCGCUGGUCUUUCAUAAAUACGUCAACGUGUGCCCGCAGCAAGGAUCACGAACGAUUAGAACGGAAGAAGCUAUUCUCCUGACUCUAGCCGAAUUGAGGACUAAAUUAGUGGCGAAAGAAAUCGCAAACGAAUCUUUAAAAAAAUAGCAGCAUUGCGAUUGGUAAAAAUGAGCUAAAUACUUCAUGUUUCCUCUAAAGUCAUGUUGAAUUUUAUCACGUCAACCAUCACUGUAUCAAAAAUACAGAUCUUUGUACAUAUAUAUUUUUGUAUAUUGUAUAUAUAAAAUGUGUCUAUCGCAA